AUAAAACCCACACACAUCCUUCACUCUUCUCUCUCUCUCUCUCGCUUUUUAUUUGCUUUUACUCUCAUCUUCUCUAUCUCUCUUCCUCUGUAGCUUAAGAACCUCUCAAAAAUGGCGGAACCACCACCGUCUUACCUUCAUUUCGUAGGUCCUGCAAAAACUCGAUCAUCAAGCAAACGCCACUCUUUCUCCUCCUCUGCACAUCCAGCUUCCCACCGUCUCUUUCCAUGUCAGUACUGUCCUCGAAAGUUCUACACAUCUCAAGCUCUCGGCGGUCACCAAAACGCUCACAAACGCGAACGCGCCGCUGCUCGUCGUAACCUCGGCGUCCUCGCUAACUCUCCACCCAUCCUCGACGACAACAACACGUUUCUUCGUCCUUACCCUUGCUUUUACCAAAACCCAUUUCAAGGAUCUACUUCUGGAAACGAACCGCUUCAGGAACAGCCGACGAUGAUGACGAUGGAUGGCUACGAUCCGUUUCAUCCGUAUCCGUAUGUGUACCCUUUUGCAUUAUCCGGUAACAACAACGACGGAGGAAACGGCGUUAUGGAAGAAGACGAGCCUCUCGAUCUAGACCUUUCUCUCCGUUUAUAAGUUAUCUCUGCUUUCUUCUCUGUUUUGUUUUUUGUUCAGAUGACUCUUUUAAGUACAACUUUGGAGCUAUAUAUGUACUAGAGUUCCAUGUCCUGCUUUUGAUUUCCUUGAAAGAUAAACUAGCUGCUACCUUUUUUGGAUAUUACUUAUGACGAUGAUGAUGAUCGUUUCGAUUUUAAGUUUCUGAUGA